AUGGAAGAUCAAAAACCUAUGUCCUUUGAUCCAAGAGAAAACAGCAUGGAAUAUCAUGUGAUUGUGAUUGAUGAUGAACCUAAAUCCUCUUUUCCAAUUAAUUCAAGUGAUUGUGAAAGAAACUCAAGAGAUCAAGUGAUUACGAUGGAAGAAUCUAAUUCGUCUAGUGGCGAACAAGGGAUGAAGUUAGUAACCAUUCUCUCAAUGGUAUUAUGA